GGAAAAUAUCUAGUAUCUGUUUGAGAGUGAGGAUGGCGGAACUGCGGGAGAUGCAAGGCCGGCUGUCUGAGGUGGAAAGGCGGCUGUACGGGCGCAGCGGGACCGAGCCCAGCAAGGUGGCAGACGGACUGCUGAAAGCUCAGGUUGCCCUGGGGAAUAUCGCUGGCAAGCGGGAGCGGGUCAAGACUCUCUACAAGAAAAUUGAAGACCUGAUGAAGUACCUGGAGCCCCAGUACAUAGACAGGAUCGCCCUCCCCGACGCCAUGAAGCUGGAGUUCAUCUUGGCAGAGGAGCAGUACAUCCUGGCACAGGUGUCCCUACUGGAGCAGCUGCACGGCCUCACCCCGUACCUGGACAGCGAGCACAUCAAAGCAGUUCCCGGCCAGGCCUCCCGGCUACAGACUCUCUCCCAGAUCCACAUACAGCAGCAGGAUCAGAGUGAGGAGAUCACAGGGGAGGCCAAACGCUUGUUAGAGGAUUAUAACAAGAUGACUGUUCUACUCUCCAAGCAGUUUGUGCUGUGGGAUGAAGCAAUAUCCCAGCUGGAAGCUUCCAAGCAGCCCAAGAAUGUUCCGGAAUGAGCAGCAGUGUAUCCGAUGUCAGUGCCGCCCUGCUGGAUAGAAUCUAGUACUGCCCUGAAACCAAUAGGCUAUCCUAUAUCUCCUCCCCUGCACAUGGCUCCUCCCCCUGUUCUCUCCUGGGGAGGAUAGAGCCUAGGUCCCGGUGCCUCUGCCAGGAUUGGGCUCUAUGCUAUAAAGGGGCCCCGGCUAUAACAGGGCUGGAUCCAUAGUAGGGGCUGUAUAUAAGGACUAAUAAUGCCCCAGUGUACAUAGACACUCUAUGUUAGCAACAUUCCCACAUUCUGAUUGGAAGAAUCACAGCCCACAAUCCAGCAAGGUCCCCACAGGCUCCAGGGCCAAACCAGAAUACCCCCCCCCCCCCCGAUUGUAUCUGUCCCACCCUGGUAACCCCCAGCUUUAUUUAUUGCUAACCCCCCUGUAUAUCCUUCAUAUAGAUGUGCCCAGUGUGCCCUUAAAUGCUCAAUAAACUCCAUCUUACCUUUG